AUGGGGAAAGCAAAGAUUGCGAUAAAGAGGAUAGACGAUUCAGCAAACAGACAAGUGACUUUCUCAAAGAGAAGAACUGGGUUGCUCAAGAAAGCAAGAGAGCUUGCGAUCCUCUGUGACGCACAAGUUGGGGUCAUCGUCUUCUCCAGCACCGGCAAGCUCUAUGAAUAUGGAAGCUCCAGCUUGAAGUCAAUUAUUGACCGCUACAAUAAACACAAAGAUGAGGAACAACAUCCGCUUAUGAAUCCAGCUUCAGAAGCCAAGUUUUGGCGGAGAGAAGCAACAGUCUUGAGGCAACAACUACAACACUUGCAGGAACUGCACAGGCAAUUCACGGGUGAACAACUUUCUGGUCUGGGAAUCAACGAAUUAAAAAGCUUGGAAAAUCAACUGGAGAUGAGUUUGAAAAAAGUCCAGAUCAAGAAGGAGCAAAUUUUAGCUGAUGAGAUUAAAGAGUUACAACACAAGGGACAUCAAAUUCGCCAAGAAAAUGUACAACUCUACAAAACAAUGGAAGUCAUUAGUAAAGAAAAUGCAGAAUUACAGACGAAGAUUUCUGAAGCAAGGGUUGUGAAUGACGAAUAUGGGAAUCCUAAUAACCCUACAUGCACUAUUGAUCUCCAGCUGAGCCAAUCACAGUCUCAAUGUAGUGAAUCACCAACCAAAGCAAUGGAGCUGGGAUUACAGCUGCUUUAGCAUAAGCUCUUGGACAAUCUAGGAUUCUUAACGCCACGCUGCCACCAACUUUCCUGUAAGAGGUGUUUCCUCAGGAAUCAUUUCUGUCAUUGUUAUAAUAUAAGGAUCAAACGUAUUAUAUCGGCUGUGUCUCUGUAAAUUUUAGACAAUAAUACUACCAAAUGUGCCAAGUGUUGAAUUAUAUAGUAUCCAGAUUUGUUGUGAUCAAAUGAAUGGAAUUUGACCUGUCUACCUUUCAAUGAAAUAGCCAUAAAC